CGUCUCGCGUGGUGAGGAUCAUCCAUAUUGGUGCUAGCGCUGGAGAUAAGGCUUAAUCCGGAGGCCCUCGCACACGUUUGUCCUCGUUUCGGUGCGUGUGGCUGCGGCACACCGGCCCUGGUGCGCUGUGGACUAAAGCUUUGGUCUAAACAGGGGCGCGGCAGCGGACGAACCUCUACUUUUCCCCCGAAAGAGAACCCUGCCGAUCGGGCCAGGACUGGUAAUCCUACCGGAGGAGACAGGCACGGCGGAGGUGGGAAAUGGCCACUCAGGUGGAGACUCUCCUGCCCGGCAACCCGCUCUCCAAACCCGACGACCACGGCGCCAUGAUCCGCGGUGAGCUGGAGCGGGGGGAGCGGGACGAGCUAGGGGACGAGGCCAAGCUAGACAGCCCUUGCACCGGGCAGGGAGGCACCCACGACUCGGAGCAGUACCCAGCCUCCCAUAAAGAGUCUAAAGGCGACUCUGACAACGACAACAAGCCGAGCGAGGAGGGCGGCAGAGGCAAAAGGGAGUUUACCGAAGCCCCUCCGCCCAAGGUGAAUCCGUGGACUAAGAAGAUGAACGCGGUCACGGUGGUCAGCGUGAACGGACAGGCGCUCCACGAAUCAACUGGCCCAGCCAAAGUGGUGAGAGCCGGAAACCCACCCAAAACCAGGCGGGGAGGAAAGGUUGGAGAUUUUGGUGACACAAACAGCUGGCCGACCCCUGGAGAAAUCGCAACUAAAGACACUCAGAUGGUGGCAGUGUCGAGCCCGUCCUCUGUCAGGCAGGUCAGAGACUCGUGGAGAGCAGCUCCUCCAAAACGAUCAUCACAGAAGAAGGAGUUGAAGGAGAAGCGUGAGAGCAUUGAGGAGAGCAAAGAAAACCUCAAGUCCAAAUCUGACGACUCUGGAGAAGACAAGAACCCUGAUGAGGAUGGCCAGAGGAAUGGGCCCAAGAAGAAAGGUAACAAGCAGAAAUGGGUCCCUCUGAUGAUUGAGGUGAAGUCUGAGGGUCCCAGAGAACGAUCUGCAUCACGGAACAACAGCCGCCCCAAUGAGAGCCCAAGAGUGCCCUCUACUGCCAGAAAUGACCUGCGCGGUGAGGGAGGCACACUGCACAUAAACUGGCACUCUCAGAAGUACGAGCGUGAGUGGAGAGACGACCAUGAUGAAGUGUCCAGUGUGAAGAGCGAGGGGGCGCCGUUCAGAGGCGGCUUCAGGGGGCGAGGCCGGGGGCGUGGCAGGGGGCGGGGCAGAGGCAGAGGGGCUGGCAGAGGUCAUUAUGAGUACCACUAUGGGUACAAAUCAUAUGAUGUGAAAGACGCAGCGUAUGGACAGAAGUUUGGAAACUCUGUGACUUAUUACUACGACAACAUGAGCAGCAACGAUCUGUACUCUGUGGACCAGGACCUGCUCAAAGACUACAUCAAGAGGCAGAUUGAGUACUACUUCAGCCUGGAUAACCUGGAGAGGGACUUUUUUCUGCGACGGAAGAUGGACCAGGAAGGUUUUCUGCCCAUUGGCCUCAUUGCGAGCUUCCACCGAGUGCAGGCACUGACCACUGAUGUCAGCCUCAUACUGGAGGCGUUGAGAGACAGUCAGGAGGUGGAGAUAAUUGACAUGAAGAUUCGGAGGAAAGAGGACCCGGAGAAGUGGCCUUUACCGGGUCUGAACCUGCCUAACCACGCCCACACCACAGAUUUCUCCCAACUCAUCAACUGCCCUGAGUUCAUCCCCCGCACCGUACCCGAUCAACAAGGUUCUCCACGAGCUUCAACACCGGUACAGCAGACCAAACCAGACCAGGACCUGUCCAACCUGAAGACCAUGCCCAAAGGGCUGUCGGCCAGUCUCCCAGAUCUGGACUCUGAGUCCUGGAUCGAGGUCAAAAAGAGACCCCGACCUUCUCCAGCAAGGCCCAAGACCCAUUCAUUUCAGCACAAGGACAAAGAGGAAGUGCGUUCUCCAGUGCCCCCUACAGGAUCCUUGCCCUCCCCCACUGUACCCCCCACAAAGGAUGGAGGAGAGCAGGAUGAACCAGAGGAGUUGGACUUCAUGUUUGAUGAGGAGAUGGCUCAGAUGGACGGACGCCGAAACACCUUCACCGACUGGUCAGACGAAGAGACUGAUGGAGAGAUCGACGACCAAGACUUGAACAAGAUCCUCAUCGUCACACAGACUCCGCCCUAUCUACGCAAGCAUCCGGGUGGGGAUCGAACCGGCAACCACACCUCCCGAGCCAAACUGACCAGCGAGCUCGCCAAAGUCAUCAAUGACGGGCUGUUCUACUAUGAACAGGAUCUUUGGGAGGACACAUACGAGCCAGAGUACGCAACAAUCAAGCAAGAAGUGGAGAACUUCAAGAAGGUGCACCUAAUCAGCCGAGAGCAGUUUGACUGUUUGACCCCAGAGCCCCCCGUUGACCCCAACCAGGAAGUACCCCCCGGACCCCCCAAACCCCAGCAGAUCCCCACAGACGCUCUGGCGAACAAGCUCUUUGGUGCUCCUGAACCCUCCUCAAUCGCCCGCUCUCUCCCUACCACUGUCCCAGAGUCGCCUGGUUACCGUAGUAACAGGACACCACGCACGCCCCGCACACCGCACCGUAAAGACCCCACCAUGACGCCGCGUUUUUACCCUGUGGUCAAGGAGAGCCGGCCUGUGGACGCCAAGACGCCCAGGAAGAGGAAAACCAGGCACAGCUCCAACCCCCCUUUGGAGUGCCACGUAGGUUGGGUCAUGGACUCCCGAGAGCACCGCUCCAGGACCGCCUCCGUCAGUUCCAACACCAGCCCCUCCGAGGCCACUCCCGUCCUGGGCACCAUUGGAGCCACGCCUCAGUCCCUGCCCAAGUUUCAGCACCCCUCCCACGAACUGCUCAAGGAGAACGGAUUCACACAACACGUCUACCACAAGUACCGCCGACGCUGCCUCAAUGAGCGGAAGAGGCUGGGGAUCGGCCAAUCGCAGGAGAUGAACACGCUGUUCCGAUUCUGGUCGUUUUUUUUGAGAGAUCACUUCAACCGAAAGAUGUACGAGGAAUUCAGGCAGCUGGUGGUGGAGGACGGCAAGGAGGGAUACAGAUAUGGACUUGAAUGCCUCUUCAGGUACUACAGCUAUGGUCUGGAGAAAAAAUUCAGACCGGACAUCUUCAAGGACUUCCAGGAGGAGACCAUGAAGGACUAUGAAGCCGGUCAGCUCUAUGGGCUGGAGAAGUUCUGGGCCUUUUUGAAAUACUCGAAACAAGCCAAAACUCUGGAGAUCGACACCAAGCUGCAGCAAUAUCUGAGCAAGUUCAAACGCCUGGAGGACUUCAGGAUCGACCCCCCCAUGGAGGACGGCGGCCGCAGACGGCACUCCUCAAGUGGGGAGGGCCGGCGCAGACACCCCUCUCAGAGCUCCAGCAGCAGACCCCAGAGCCAGGCCAGCUAUACCCCUAACACCGCUCCCGUCUCUGGGCCCAGCCACGGAGCCACGUCUGCCCCCUAUACCUCCACUGCAGCCAAGGACAACGCAAAGCCCGCCCCUUCCUCUGCUGACCACUCCCCUAAAUAACUCCCACGACUCAGACUGACUCAAAAAUAUCUUUAAAUAAAAUAUCUGCAAGUCGUUGUUUCACCACACGGAGCAGAGAGGAGUUACUCAGCCCCAUGAAAACUGGAUUCAUCAGUGGCCCAAUUUAUUUUAUUACAUUUUUUCUUGUCUUGAUGAGGCAAAUAUAAAAUUUUGGUGUAUUUUUUUUUCCCCCACUUUUUUUUAUUUUAAUUUAAAUUAAAUUUUUUUGAACCAAU